AUAUAAUGUACUGUAAGGUAUUUUUUCCCUAGAAUUAAAACCAGAUCCUCCUUGCACAAGAACUUUUCUUCUUCCUUCCAAUCUUUAACAGGAAAAGCUCUAAUUUUCCAUGCUAUAGUUUUGACCAAAACCUUAGUUCAAGACCAGCUUAAUUGUGCCAGCAUUUCAUGGAAAGAUUCAAUUUUUGUGCCCUAAUUCAUCGCAGAACCAGAGGUCCAGGCCAUUAAAUGAUGCCAAGAGAAAACCUAAUUAUUAAAAUCCUAAUUUUACCUCUUGAUCUUAAGAUCUGACGUAGAGAGUAUCAGAUCGAUGGCUGGUGCUGCCUCGGCCCUUUUCCUUCUUGAUAUCAAGGGCAGGGUGCUUGUGUGGAGAGAUUAUAGAGGAGAUGUCUCAGCUUUGCAAGCUGAGAAAUUCUUUACGAAGCUUAUAGAAAAGGAGGGGGAUCCUGAGUCUCAUGAUCCUGUGGUGUAUGAUAAUGGCGUGACGUACAUGUUCAUUCAGCACAACAAUGUUUACUUGAUGACAGCUUCUAGGCAGAACUGCAAUGCUGCUAGUCUUCUGCUGUUUCUGCACCGAGUUGUUGAUGUUUUUAAGCACUAUUUUGAAGAGUUGGAAGAGGAGUCUCUAAGAGAUAAUUUUGUUGUUGUGUACGAAUUACUUGAUGAGAUGAUGGACUUUGGUUACCCACAAUACACUGAAGCUAAAAUACUGAGUGAAUUCAUUAAGACAGAUGCUUACAGGAUGGAAGUCACACAACGGCCUCCCAUGGCAGUGACAAAUGCAGUUUCAUGGAGAAGUGAAGGAAUACGGUACAAGAAAAAUGAGGUAUUUUUGGAUGUAGUGGAAAGUGUCAAUAUCCUUGUCAACAGCAAUGGACAGAUUAUUCGAUCUGAUGUAGUUGGGGCUUUAAAGAUGAGGACUUAUUUAAGUGGUAUGCCGGAAUGCAAGCUUGGUCUGAAUGACAGAGUACUUUUGGAGGCCCAAGGUCGAUCAACAAAGGGCAAAGCCAUUGAUCUAGAUGAUAUCAAAUUUCAUCAGUGUGUGCGCCUAGCUCGUUUUGAAAAUGACAGGACGAUAUCUUUUAUACCACCUGAUGGGUCUUUUGAUUUGAUGACAUACAGACUGAAUACUCAGGUGAAGCCUCUUAUAUGGGUGGAAGCUCAAGUUGAAAGGCAUUCAAGAAGCCGUAUAGAGAUAAUGGUGAAGGCACGGAGUCAGUUCAAGGAGCGAAGCACUGCUACAAAUGUUGAAAUAGAGUUGCCUGUACCUUCUGAUGCUACUAAUCCUAAUGUGAGAACGUCCAUGGGCUCUGCUACAUACGCACCUGAAAAGGAGGCAUUGCUUUGGAAAAUAAAAUCCUUUCCAGGUGGCAAGGAGUAUAUGUUGAGGGCACAAUUUAGUCUUCCAAGUAUCACAGCUGAAGAAGCAACUCCAGAGAAAAAAGCUCCGAUACGUGUGAAGUUCGAGAUUCCUUAUUUCACUGUAUCUGGGAUACAGGUUCGGUACUUGAAGAUUAUUGAGAAGAGUGGUUACCAGGCCUUACCUUGGGUGAGAUACAUAACAAUGGCUGGCGAAUAUGAACUCAGGCUCAUAUAGGCCAAUUUAUUAGUGUGAAAAGUAGUCCUCAAGCUUUAAAGAGAUUCUCUCUCUUUGCCCAUGAGUGAGAAGUCAUCCUGAGUUUUAGGUGUGUUCAGUCACUUAUCUUUAUAGCUCUCUCUAAUGUCCAAUUUUUGUGAUGUGGUUUGGCUUUUAUAGUAUUGGUUUUGUAAGAACGAAUGGUUGAUCAAUGUUUCCUAGAAAGUUUUGUCAAUUAAAAUUCAUUAAUGGGGAUCACUCUUAAAUGGGUGCACUCUACCAGACUACCACUCA